GCAGUGCGGGCGGGGCCGCCGGGAGUCGGGGUGCCGCCGGUUACUCUUGUGAGUGCCUUUCAGGAAGCCACAGGGCAGGCGGCGUCCGCGCUGAGGACCCGGGAGCGAGUAGCAGGCAGGCCCCGUUUAUGCACAGCCCAGUGACAUACACCGAAGCAUAAAUCCGGCUAGCGAUGGAGCGCCCGGGGGCGCCCAUGUGUGCAGACCCCUAGGCAUGUCAGCAUGCCGUGUGGGCACCUGUCGUGUGAGUAGCUCCGGGCGUGGCUGCUCCUGGGACCUUCCUUUUCUAUGAUUUAUUUCUAGGGGCCUACCGCCCCUCUCUCUAGAGGGGAACGUAAGAAGUUUAACGGAGCUGGGACUGAGAAGAUUAAAGGAGUGGAACAGAGAAAGGGCCGAAAGGGUGGGGACUGUGGGAGCUGGGGGUAGAGAACCGGUUCUUUGACCCCUCUCCCAGCCAGAAAGGCAUUUUGGAAAGACUGGCGUGACAAAAGUGGCCCUGAAAUGUCUAGAGAGCUGGAACAGUGAGUAAGUGUCACUGGGCUGAACCUGGCCAAUUUGUGAUCCAAAGGGAUGCUAGCAGUUAGAAAGGCAAGGAGGAAACUCAGGAUGGGGACCAUCUGUUCCCCCAACCCCAGCGGGACAAAGACCGCUUCAGACGUCUGCAAUGCCGACUGGAUGGCCUCGCUCCCCCCUCACCUCCACAACGUCCCCCUUUCCAAUCUGGCAAUCCCAGGUUCCCAUGAUUCAUUCAGCUACUGGGUGGAUGAAAAGUCCCCCGUGGGGCCUGACCAAACUCAGGCUAUCAAACGCCUCGCCAGGAUCUCCUUGGUGAAGAAGCUCAUGAAGAAAUGGUCUGUGACUCAGAACCUGACCUUCCGGGAACAGCUGGAAGCUGGGAUCCGCUACUUUGACCUGCGUGUGUCUUCCAAGCCAGGGGACACAGACCAGGAGAUCUACUUUAUCCAUGGGCUUUUUGGCAUCAAGGUCUGGGAUGGGCUGAUGGAGAUUGACUCCUUCCUUACACAACACCCCAAAGAGAUUGUCUUCCUGGAUUUUAACCACUUCUAUGCCAUGGAUGAGGCGCAUCACAAAUGCCUGGUUCUCCGGAUCCAGGAGGCCUUUGAAAACAAGUUGUGUCCAGCCUGCAGUGUGGAAAGCAUGACGCUGCAAACCCUGUGGGAGAAGAAGUGCCAGGUUCUUAUCUUCUACCACUGUCCCUUCUACAAGCAGUACUCCUUCUUGUGGCCAGGAAAGAAGAUUCCAGCACCUUGGGCAAAUACCACAAGUGUGAGAAAACUAAUCCUCUUCUUGGAGACCACCCUGAGUGAGCGCGCCCCCCAGGGCUCCUUCCAUGUCUCCCAGGCAAUUCUUACCCCCAGAGUGAACACCAUCGCCCGAGGCCUUGUGGGGGGCCUCAAGAACACCCUGGUUCAUAGGAAUCUUCCCGCCAUCCUGGAUUGGGUGAAAACUCAGAAGCCUGGUGCCAUGGGUGUCAACAUCAUCACGUCUGACUUCGUGGACCUGGUGGACUUUGCCACAACCGUCAUUGAGUUGAAUGACCUUCUGCAGGAGGACAGAGCUUUGGCUAAAUGCUGAUUUGUUUAUUUAACCUAGGGUUGAAGUUGUUGAUCCAGGGUAGAAUUCUUUGAAGAAUUUCCUGUUGGGGGUGGCCCCUGGGCAGUGGUAGUGAAAAGAGGAGGAGUGCUUCUUUUUUUCUUUUCCUUCCUCACAGGGCCAUUGGGAUAACAAUACAGGGCCUUCAGUUGCAUUUUUCCCAAAUGAGACUUUUAAAAAGCUUAAGUCUAAGGGAAGAAAGCAUGUUUCAUGUGCUCAAGGUCAGAAUCUCCACAGUGACUUGAGGUAGUGAAUGGAAUAUGGAAAUAGGGUCUCCAGUCCAUUGGAAUAUGGAGUAUCCCUCAAUUGAUCCAGUUCUCUAUUGGUUUCCAGGGUCUUGUGUUUGAGCCAGUGAGAAGGCUAAGCCAGAAAGGUAUUCCUGGUCCAAAGGAUGACUCAUUAUUGCAGGUUUGGACUGCCCUGUGGCUGGCUCUAACUUCAACUUGAGGUUCUGUUCCGGGAGGACAGGAAGCCAAGCAUCAGUUCUCUCCAGGGUUGUCCAAUGUCUCUACUACUUCCCUGAGGGCAUAAGACCUGUUUGUCACCAAGGUGUCUCAUCUACAUGCUGUUUAUGCAUACCUUGUGUUGGUAACUGGUCACCUGAAUUCUUCAGUUAAACAGUGCAUACUGCCCUUGAUAUCAGAAAUGUUUUCUAGUUUUAAAGCAUUAAUUCCUUUCUAGUAUAUGGGGGGGGGGCCUUCUUAAAAGGGAAGGAACAACGAUGGGAGAUCUUUUGGUACAGGGCCCAUCAAGAGAUAGACAUGCAUGUUUGCUGCAUGCCAUCUUUCUUUGAUUUUAUUCUCUAGUAGUUUUCUAAAAUAACUGCCGAGUGAACACCUGCAUCAUUUUGGCAAAGUCCUCUUUGGAUUGGGGUCUUCAAGCCAGACCUUGGAAUUGCAUUUCAUUGUUGUCUGCUUAUGACUGAGACCUUCACAGUGGCAUACAGUGCCAAGUAGAAGGCACUUUGUCCAUGACACCAUGGAGGCUGACGCAGGAUGCAUGGGAGAGUACAAUGGCAUUAAAGGAGGAAGCUCCAAGUGGGUUUGGAGCCAUUCUAAAACUCCUGGAAAACAAGACUACCUCGAGGACCUUUAGGAUGACUUGUGUGUCAUCAAGUGAGAAAUACCCAGUGUUGGGACUUUUCCAGUGCUUGUCUGAUUGCUCUACUUUCUGCAGGUUGUUCUGAGCCUACUUAUCACUACUGCAUGAGGGCUUUGAAACUCAAGAGGGGAUUUUUUUUUAACUGAUAAGAGGUGCUUAUCUAUAAAGAGCCCUCUUGUGUUUUGGUUUAUUUAUUUAUUUAUUUAUUCAUUAUUUAUUUAUAGAGUAAGUAUCUGCAGUGCUUCUGACCUCAAGAGCACUCACACAGGAGAUAACUGACCUUUCCUUGCCCAGAACAGAGGCUGCCGCAGCCUUCCUCCCCUUACCAGGACUGUGCAUCUCAGGUCUGUGAGUGAACUUGGAUUCUGCGGCAGGUGUCCUGGCUCCCCUAAACCUGCUGAGGACAAUGUGGAUGUGUGGAUGUGAUCCAGAUCCAAGAACAACUGUCGAACCACACACAGGGACAGAAGAUGGAAUGGGUCAUGAAGAACUCUCAAUCCUUGAGUAGACCCUCCAGCAGAAAGCUGGAAAGAAAGAAGCCAGAAAUAAAACUGGGCCUCAAGAUGCACUCAUUUUGAUGUCCCUCAGCCCUGUUAUAUUGAUGGGAUCCCUAAGGAAGUGUCCGUUUUUGGAUUUUUAAAGAGAAAAUAUAAACCUGGAAUCCGGAAUGGAUGUGGGCAUUUAUAAAGAUUGCUGGACUCUUCUUCCAGCAGUUUCCCAUUUCUGUCCUUUGAUUUCACAGACAGAUUUUUUGCACAUUGCCUGUUUUGGGGGAUAUCUUAGGUGAGCUACCAACAGCACCUACGUCCCCCCAUCUACUGGUCUUCCAGCCUUCACUUUCUGUAAAGCAGCUUAAGCCCUGACCUUUUGCAUCCUCAGCUCAAGAAGAUCACAACAGGAAUGCCUAUGGGAAAAUCUGGUUUAACUUUCCCUGUUCUUGUAUUUGAACUCUUUCCUGAAGAGGUUUCUAGGAUAGUAUUGUCAAAUUCUGUAGGGCCUAAGAAGGUGGGUGUCCUCACUUUCUAAAUUUUCCCUCAGUUCUGCUGUUGAAGUCUAAUGACUGGCUCUGAAAUCCCUAGCUUAACCUCUGGGUUUUAUUUUUGUUUUUAUUGCUCCAUUUUGGUUUGGUUUUUAAUUCUUGGUCAUUUGCUAAGGACCAGAUUAUUUUUCCUCUCCUAACCCUGUGGUACUUGACAAAGAGAUAAGGAGGCAAGAGGAGAAUUAUUCUGCUCUGUUUUAUUUGAGCCUCAGCUUUGUCCAGGUGCUUGGUGCUAUGAGGCCAGGUGUUUUGACAGGUAUCUGCACAGGAGGUGAGCAACACCCAAAGGCUGCUGACUGUCCAGUAAAAUGUUUACUUGAUGUUCUUUCUUCAUUUUUAAAUAUAUAGUUGCACUUCUCUUGAAUUGUGACAUUUAAAUGCAUCUUGGUGUUUGCAUGCUAAGAGAAAAAUCAUGGAGCACGACACAGAAGAACAGAAAAAUCCUAAGAUUUCAUGUACAAAGCCUAGCUCUGCAUGAGCCCAUGCUGGCUUUUGCUCCUCCAUACUGCUCUGGGUUGCCAGCCUUGCUUGAAUUUUGCAAAUCUGCACUAGAGUUCUGGGAGGAAGGAGGAUUUUUUCUUAGUAAAUACUCGAAUAUCUGCCCUCAGAAAAAGGCACACUUUAUUGCAAAAAAAAAAAAAAAAGUGUGCAUUCUGUUCCUUGAUCAUGAGGUUACACAGGAGAACUCCGGCGCAUGGCACAGAGAGAAAGUAGACUUUAGGUCAAUGACUUAUUUUGCAACCAUAAAAAUGGUGAUCCAUCCCCAUCACUUGUUCCAACAAGUUCUGAGUGAUCAAAACAAGAUCAAACAAAGACUCUCACACUUGCUCAGACUUAACUUCAAGAUCAGCUAAACAGCUACUUGAUUAAGCCAAUGAGGAAUUAAUCUCACAGAAUUUGGGGUCCUGUUUACUCAGAAAUAUAAUUGUUUUUUUCAUGAGCUCCACCGACCAUUCCAACACCAUCACAUUUCCAUGAUUUUGUGGCAAAGGGACCAUCACAGAUUUCAAAUCAGUGAAAAUAAUGUUUUAAAGGCUUGGACUUUCAGCUUAUUAGAGGUACCAUGUGGUGUCAUGGAAAGAAAAGAUAUUCUGAAGACUGGAGAGAGAGGUCAAGAUAGGAUUGAUGGAAUAAAAUGAUAAGUUAUUGAGGAUUAAAGUCUUUUAUUAAUGGCAGAUGAAAGAGGGUCAUGCAAGAUUUUUUUAAUAUCUGCUGCAUUUGACUCAAUAAUAACUGUUUAGUCAUUUUCCUUAGUGCUGAGUCCAGAGCCCUGAAUUUUUGAGGUUAAGCCACAGUUCAAAUCCAAGUUUUAAAUAAAUGCAAAGAAAAGCACAAGAUCUGAGUCCAGGUGAUGAUAUAUCUUAACUAUUUUAUAGUUUCUUUUUGCAUGACCUCAUAUUUACAUAAAAAAUUAUGUUUCUGUCCAAGAGGACAAUGUUAUAGAGCACCUUUCUUAGGAAGAAAAAGGGCUUACACAAAAUCAGGAUAUUGCAGAUUGCAUUCCUGCCAGAGGGGAAGUUUUGCAGUGUUCUUCAUUGCCUGUUAGGUUCUGGGAAACAGAAUUGGCUAAUGAAUGGGACACUGCCAUAAGACUCCACUCCCUCAGCUGAGCAAGCAACCCUGUGCAAAAUUGUCCCUAGUUCUUUCAUCUGUAAUAAAGAUGCAGUCUGCUACCUAGUGAUGAGUGUUUGGAAAACCUUGGUGACUGGUUCCUGAAAAUAUAAGAUCCCUAUGUUUGGAUUAAAUGCCUUAUACUCAGGGGAUGUACAGUUGUGGUAAUUCUUCUUUCUAUGCAUGUGUAUAGAGAAUCCAACGUGGGCUCACUUCCUAAAAAAGUGUGGUGUAGAUUGACAGAACUUGACUGGGAAUGGCACCUUCUGUAUUAUGUGUAAUGAAAUAUGUAGGGCUCAAAAAACCUUUCAACAUGCUUAUGGGUUUCUGAGAGGUGGGCUUUCUCCAUAUAUGCUAAAUAGUCUUGUUAGGCCAAGAGGAAAUUUGGUAUGGCACAGAAGAAUAUGGUUGCCCAUUGAAAUUCCACUCACUUUCCAGUAUAUUUUGAUCCUCUGUUGCAGGCUGGAUCCUGAUGUUUGCCACCAUAGCUUGUCAUUCAAAAAUAUUGCCCUGGGAAACACAGGAGUGCAGUGAUUAAAUGAUAAGAGGUUUACCUGGAAACUUUACCCUUAAUACCAGAAGAUUCUGAUCAGCUCUUUACUGCCCCCAAGAGACACCUUACCUCCUUAACCUUUGGAUUCCCAGCUUCCUGCGAGAAACAGCACAACAACAGCACUGUAUUUCUGAACUAGCCCUAGCUUGGAAGUACACAUUACAAAAUGCUAUUGAUUUUCUUAAAAUAGCACAGUCUUAGAUAUUAUAAAAAAUACUCUGAGAUAAUGCUAUCCUGCUUUAGAUAUAGUGUUUUAGCAUCUUCAACAAAACUUGUUCUACUUAGGACUUUUCAAACUCAUUUCUAAAUCAAAUGAUUUAGAUAAAAUAUUUCCCUUCCUUUUUCUGGUAGUUCAAUUCCACAGUCUGUUGAGGCAAUUUCAUCAGCAGGCUAGAGGCACUUUUCUGUGUGAUACUUUCCUCUCUUCUUCAUAGAAUACCACUUUGUCCUCUUGUCUUCUGGGCAUCCUCCAUCACCUGCCAAUCACUCUUCAUUACAGGAUGCUGGCAAAAGCACAUACAUAUAUACAGUGAUGACCAGCACACUCUAUCACAGUGAGGUUUUUCUUCUUAAUUGUUUUCAGUACAUAAUUCUGUCUCCCAGCCCUACCCAAUCAUUAGAAUGAUACUUGAUUUCAGUCCAGAACUUGGGACCAACACUUUGUUCAAAUAGCAUAGGCUUGCUCACAAGCUUUAAGCUUAAUAAAAAGCACAGCACUUUGAAAAGGCAAAUAUAGAUCUUUGGUAGUUCUGUACAUUUGAAAUUUUACAUUGUUAUUAGUUUAUAGCACUAAUAACACUUCAGUUAUGAAUCUGUAUUACCAACAUGAUAAAUCUUAGAACCUAUUCUAGAAAUAUUACCUUGCUGCUAUUAUACUUACUAAUUUACAACCCAGUAUUAGUAAGUGUUAAAUACAGAUUGUGUAUGCAUUAUUUGUAUUGUGUAUAUGCCAACUAUAAUACUUAACCUCACUGAUCAGCAAUUAAAAAAUACCGAAAUUGUCAUAGUGAAAAUAAGUCUUGAUCAAUUCAGAUAAUUUAUGGAUCUGAUAAAUGCUCUAAUAGAUAUUAUAUUUUCUCCUCUAUUACUUGUUUUACACUACAGUGCAUGUUUGUUAAGUUAAAAAUAAUAAUAAAUUGUACCAAUUUUAAGGCUUUAGGAUUAAAAUUUUGCAUAUAUGCUCCUUGAUACUCUGAAAUGUGUUUUAUGGCUUAAUUAUCUUAUUUGUACACAUUCACUUGGCUUUUUUCCCCUCUAGGAAAUAAUUGUUCAAAUAUAUCUCUUCUUGUUACCUUGAUUAAACUGUGUAAUUCAACCUAGAACAUUGUAAAGCCAAAAUACCUCAUUUUAACUGUGAAAAAAAAUGUCAAGGGAUAUGAUGACAUGAUGUGUUUCCUUGUACUUGAUUUGAAUGACAUAAAUAGGCUUAUAACUAAUAAUAAAUAUUAAACAUCAAAACUUUGA